AUGUCUACCGGAAGCACAACGACUGAGUCCAUCGACGUAGACUCAUCAAAUGUUCGAAUGUGGUUCUUAGAGGAGCCAGCCGAUGGAUAUCAAUAUCAGAACGAUAUCUAUACCCCCGACGACAUCAACGGCAUCGACACCGACGUCGCCAACACAAGUGAAAGCCCUGGUAUAGAAUUGGAACUCAAAUUUGAGACUGGCAUUGUGGACCUCGUAUCCUCAGAUAUCACUGCGGGACGUAUCAAUGUCCCCAUCGAGGAGCCACUCGGUGAUGACUUCAGCAAUUUCUUUCAAAAUCUGCCUUCAUGGGGCAUUUGUUGGAACAAGCAGUCACAGCUGUGA